AUGUCGACGAUUACCGAAAUCCUGACCGACGAGCAGUGGCAGCAGGUGCUCAGCUCUGCGCCCGCCUCAACCCUCAUUGUCGCCUCUUUCCAUGCACCCUGGGCGGCACCAUGUGCCCAGAUGGCAACCGUCUUGUCUACGCUCGCAUCCGAAUAUCCCGUCACCGACCCGCUAAGCACCCAGUGGGUGUCGAUCAAUGCUGAGGACCUCAGCGAUAUCAGCGAAACCUACGAUGUGACCGCGGUUCCUUACCUGGUGCUGCUGCGAAACGGCGAGGUCGUCGAGACCGUUAGCGGCAGCAGCGCCGUCAAGGUGCGGACGGCUAUCGAGAAGCAUGCAAACAAGGCCGGAGGUGCGGCGCAAAGUGCUGCCGCAACCAACGGCACUGCUCAGGCCGCCGAAGUGGCCCAGGCCGAUGCCUCCGUUGUUGAUCCGGCCAAGCAGAAGGAGGAACUGUUCAAGCGCCUCGGCGACUUGGUCAAGGCAGCCCCCGUUAUGCUCUUCAUGAAGGGCACACCCAGCUCUCCUCAGUGUGGCUUCUCGAGACAAAUGGUUGGAAUCUUGCGCGACAACUCUGUCAAAUACGGGUUCUUCAACAUCCUCGCCGACGAUGAUGUGCGCCAAGGCUUGAAGGAGUAUGCUGAGUGGCCGACUUUCCCGCAGCUGUGGGUGGACGGUGAACUCGUUGGCGGUCUCGAUAUUGUUAAGGAGGAGCUCAGCAGCAACGAGGAUUUCUUCAAGCCAUAUAGCGUCACUGCCGAACCGACGGCGGCUUAA